AUGGAAGAUCACCUCUCCAAGAUAUCCAUAAUGCCCUCCUCUUCCCCUAGAGAUUCCCCAGGAAGCAGCAGCAUUGAUGACAGCCGAGGAGCAAAGAGCCCGGCUCCAGGGAAAGCCAUGAGCCCUGCACUGCUGUGCAAAGUGUGUGGAGACACCAGCAGUGGAAAGCACUACGGCAUCUACGCCUGCAACGGCUGCAGCGGCUUCUUCAAGCGCAGCGUGAGGAGGAGGCUCAUCUACAGGUGCCAGGCGGGCACAGGCAUGUGCCCCGUGGACAAGGCCCAUCGUAACCAGUGCCAAGCCUGCCGGUUAAAGACGUGCCUACAGGCUGGCAUGAACAAAGAUGCGGUGCAGAACGAGCGGCAGCCACGCAGGACGUCCCAGGUGCACCUGGAUUCCAUGGACAUAGACGCGGAGAAGGAGCACCUGGCCACCACGCGAGAGUCCACCUCCUCCUCGUCCUCCUCCUCCACCUGCUCCGUCAUCACCCGGCCCCACAUCACCUCCUCCAUCAGCUCCUCCGCCCCCCUGCAGCGCUGCGCCAGCCCCCAGACCAACCACCGCUUCAUGGCCAGCCUGAUGACGGCAGAGACCUGCGCCAAGCUGGAGCCUGAGGACGUGGAUGAGAACAUUGAUGUGACAAGCAAUGAACCGGAGAGGACGACGGCGGACUACCAAGUGUCCCUGUACCCAUCCAGCAGCCCGGAGAACGUGUACGAGACCUCCGCCCGCCUGCUCUUCAUAUCUGUCAAGUGGGCCAAGAACCUGCCCGUCUUCUCCAACCUCCCCUUCAGGGACCAGGUGAUCCUGCUGGAGGAGGCCUGGAGUGAGCUCUUCCUUCUCUGCGCCAUCCAGUGGUCUCUGCCCCUGGACAGCUGCCCCCUGCUCUCCCUGCCCGACCUCUCCCUGUCUCUGCAUGGAAAGACCAGCUUCACCAGCGUCGACCUGCGGAUCCUGCAGGAGACCUUCAGCCGCUUCAAGGCCCUUGCCGUGGACCCCACUGAAUUUGCCUGCCUCAAGGCCAUUGUCCUCUUCAAACCGGAGACCCGGGGCUUGAAGGACCCAGAGCAGGUGGAGAACUUGCAGGACCAGUCUCAGGUGAUGCUUGGUCAGCACAUCCGCACCCAUUAUUCCAGCCAGUCGGCCAGGUUUGGGAAGCUCCUCCUGCUGCUGCCCUCCCUGCGCUUCGUGGGAUCGGAGCGGAUUGAGCUCCUCUUCUUCCACAGGACCAUUGGAAACACACCCAUGGAGAAGCUGCUGUGCGACAUGUUCAAGAACUAG